CCUCAAUCCUUAGGAGGAGUCCUCCCUGGGUGGUGCUCCAGGGCUGUGGGCUGGACCAUGACGGCCCCCAGCUGCGUAGCUCCAGCUCCUUUCCAACCGGUUGGUGGGCGGUUCCGAGUGGGGACACGGGAUCGGAGGGGACUCCUGCCGGGUGUACCCGCUACCCUCACUAGUCCCGGGAUGCGACUGGACCCGGAGUCCCCUACCGCAGCCCGCGCACGACCCUCGGAAGCCUGUCUCCGCGACCCCCGACCCAGGUCCCCGCUGCCGCCGCGCUGCCAGGUAGCCAGAGGGUCGCAGGAGGAAGGAAGGGAGCGCGAGACGGGCGGAGGAGGGUGGAGCCACCGGCGCGUCCCCUCCCUCGGGCAGGCAGGCAGGCAGGCGGGCGGCGGGCUGGGGCGGCGGCAGAGAAGACAGCGGGAGCGGGGAGACACCGGCCGCCCGCGCCGCUUCGCUCCUGCUCAGGCAGCGGCUUCGGCCCCACCCGCUCCGCCUCUGCCAGGCUCCGGCGCGCACCUGCCAGCUUUGGCCCCCGGGGCCAUGCAGAGGCCCACUAGGAGGCCAGCGGCCGCGCGCAUCCCAUAGCCCAGGUGGCCCAGGGCUGCAUCGUGGCGGCCUCGGUGCCAUGGAGCCCGGUAUUCGCUGACGGCGCACUACGACGCGUUCCAGG